AUGGAAUACAAACAGUUUCUGCAAAUCCACCAGUAUCAGCUCGCGAGCAUUCCCGAGAACCUUUGGGAGCCGCUAUUCCAGAAGCUCGGCCAGGAUCUUUUCGAUGCAGGCGAAUACCUCGAGCUUCAUUAUGGUGAUCCCCUCGACAAAUACUCGCUUCAUGUCAAGAAGGAAGGUGGACUCAAGAAGCAUGGCGAUAUCUUCUUGGUUGAUCACGCCUGGACCACCAAGCCCGAGACUUCGCGUGCACAGCUCCUCGACAACCCCCAGCUGGUCGAGCGUCUCACCUCAAUGAUGGAUAUCUCUGUCGAGGACGAAGAGGAGCCCGAGGAAGAAACCGCCGGCGGUGACCAAGGUGGUGAGACCUAUAACAAGCACCCCGAUCUGGAAGUCGAUCAAGCCAUGGUCGAACUCGUCGCAUCUCAAGGAAACGUCACCGAGGCUCGUGCCAAGACCGCUCUCCAGAACGAGAAGGGCGAUGUGAUUGCAGCUUUGAUGUCGCUCACCCUUCACCCCGAUCAUGAUGCCAAGGGCCUCAAGAACCUCGAGGAGGCCAUUGGUGGUCAGGUCAAGCAAGACAAGGAGGCCAAGUCUGCGGAGAGGAAGAAGCAGGAGACCGUCAACAAGAUCAUGUCGGAGAUGUGGAAGUUUGUCCAGACUUAUGAAUACGCCGUCGUCGAUCCCUCCGGACAGACCAAGAAGGAGAGUGCAUGGUAUAUCAUGGAUGAGGUCGGAUCCUCGAUGGCGCACUCGGACACACCCAACUGCGUCUGCUCCCCAUUCAUCUAUGUCGGACGUGGCACGGUCUCGUAUAGCAUCAUCUACCCGAUCGAGGACAUCCCUAAGGGCGGAGCCUUGACUCGCGAUUUCGUUCCCGCAGAUAUCAAGGACCCUCUGACUCGCAAAGCCUACCUCCAAAUCUUCAACGGCGAAGAGGACGCUGCGGAGCUCAUUGCUGUCUACGAGUCUGACAAACAGGAGGACAACCAGGUUAUACCAUUCGAUCAGCCCUUCACCACCACGCUCACUCGUGCCCAGUCCCAAAAAACCGAUCGCAAGCUGCGUCUCUACACCACAACGGAAUGGGUCGCGACCAACUGCAAGCUCCCCCAGGUAGAGCUGGUCGACACGGAGGAACAGGCAGAUCUUCUCUGGUUCAGUCAGGAUUUCAAGGAAUUCGAUAAGCUGACGAAGGGCCAGAAGAUCAACCAGCUCGAAAACGAAUCCUGCAUGACCUUCAAGCACAAUCUCGCCGCGCUCGUCAAGGCCGCGUAUGGCACCGUCCCAUGGAGCUCCACGACCUACAACCUGACCACGGAGCUGGCUCCGUUUGUGGGCCACUACCUCUGGAACCAGGAGCAUCACCACCGCAACCUCUGGAUCUGCAAGCCCUGGAACAUGGCUCGUGGAUUACAAAUCACGGUCCAGGAAGAGCUGGCACCGUUGGUCCGUCUGCGGGACACUGGCCCAAAGAUUGUGCAGGAGUACAUUCAGACGCCGGUCCUGUACGAGGGACGCAAGUUCGAUCUGCGAUACAUUGUUCUCUUGAAGGCGACACACAAGGUCGAGGGCGAUCCGAGCCAGGGAUAUGAAUUCCAGCUGAUGGUGUACAAGAUGUUCUGGAUCCGGUUGGCGAACCAGCCCUUUGAGCUCGACGACUUUGACAAUUAUGAGAAGCACUUCACGGUGAUGAACUAUGGCAAUUACAACCUGACCCAGCUGCUGUACACGAAAUUCAUCGAGAACUUUGAGAAGGAGCACGCGAGCAAGAAGUGGGUCGAUAUUCAGGCGGACAUCAACGAGGCGAUCAAGGCCAUCUUUGCGGCCGCCGUUGUCAAGUCCCAGCCCUUGGGACUCGGUGCACAGGACAAGACCCAUCCAUACGAGGCCUUCUCGAUCUAUGGAAUCGAUGUGAUGUUGAAGGAUGAUUGUCAGCCUGUGGUGGUCGAGGUCAACUUUUCGCCGGACUGCACGAGAGCAUGUAAAUACGACCCCGAGUUCUUGAACAACAUCUUGACAGUGGUCGAGCCUCGCGCCGGAGAUGUGGAUAAGGCUUUGGGAGCGUUCAACGUCUUGUAA